CGGCUGCCAGUUUUGCGUGCUAUUGGUCAAGUUAGCAUUCACACACCGACCAUCUGGUUGUCGGGGUUCCAGCAGCAGUUAUCUUGAGAAUUUUGUGACGUCGUCAUGUACACUUGCUGCACGACCCUCCACUAACAACAACGCUGAAAUAUGGCCAAGCUCGUACUGACAGCAUGGCUGGCGAUGAGCUUCUCCCUCGCCGCCGCCUGGCACCCCCGCGAGAACGAACUGGACAGCCACGAGACCACCCACCACCCUAACCCAAAGUCGCCCGCGAGCGAACUCCACGACGAGGUGGAUAUCCUGAAGCUGAUGAACGUAUCGGCAAAGGAUCAGGGCGUGUCCCUCGUCGAAGGGCCGAUUUCGAAAUUCCCCGCUUACAAAUUCCGCCUCCCUUACGGGAACGUGCCUUUGCCGAACUCCACAGUUGUAACGUCGGCAAUGAGCGCUCCCGAAGGAUUCACCGUCGUCUUCCUCUUCCGCCAGCAGAAAAACAACUUGGGUACGCUGAUUUCGGUUAACUCGCCGGGAAGACUGACGCCUUGGUUUCAGUUAAAUUCCAACUCGAAAAUGGGUGUACUUAUGCUUAAAUACAGGGUGGAAUCAUCGCCGAAACUCAGACAAAUGGAUUGGGAAUUGCCCAAACACCAUCGCAAAUCACCUCUAGCCGCGUGGACGUGGCUCUCAGUUAGCGUGGAUUUCACCACCGGUAUCGUCCGUCUCGAUCUUGAUUGUCAGCCCAGCCGAUUCGAAUCUCUCACUCCGGGAAAUGACCAAAGCCAUAUCAGCAUCCCACAGGACUCGCUUGUUUACUUUCGACAAGAGCCGGGCAGAAAGAAAAAGUUUCUGGGAUCGAUGCAAGUGGCCAAAGUUCUUCCGUACGUUCAGCAGGAGCGGCUCUGGACCUGUGUGGAGAUCGGCUCCAACCUGGCCCCCGAAAUCCGCAAACCUCUUUUGUAAUGUUGAGACUAUUGUUGCACGAAGAUUGUGAUAUUAGAUUCAACGCCAACGAAAGGCAACUUAUUUUCAAAGAGCAUAGUAUUACCGGUUUAUUUAUUAUUGAGUGGCGACGACCACCAUUGAGGACAUUAAUAAAAAUUACUUUAA